ACAUGCUCAGUCAGUCACAGGGUAUUGCAGCCGCCAGAGAAAGACAACAAUCUGCUCUUAAUCACAUCCUUUAUCCGUCCCUUUUCUAUAUAUGGGAGAAAGACAAGGGGUCUGUAUUGCAAAAAGGGCCAAAACUGUUGGGAAACCUAAACUCAUUUGUUGGAUUUAAGAGAGAAUUACCAGCUGCGGGACGUGCUGUUGCAAAAGAAUAUAAUUGUGCUGUGAGGAGGAGGAGGAGGACAUCUGCAUAAGGAAAGAGUGAACAGACGAACGAGUAAGGAAAAAGCAGCACAAGCACAGGAAGAGAAAACAAGUAAAGCAGAAAUCCAUAUCCACUGGAAGAAAGUGAACAAAGAUCAAAUGUCAGAAUAAAAGUGGCAUGGGGAUGCACGAAAUGAGGUCAGGGAGUGUGGCAUCUAACUGGGUUGAGAUCUAUGAAUUUGUGGAGAAACUAACAGAAAGAUUUGUAAGCCCCCGAAUGAGACUGUCCUUCAUCGUAUUUUCUACGCAGGCAAAAAUAAUUCUCCCGCUUACAGGAGAUAGGUAUGAAAUUACAAAAGGACUGAAAGAUUUGAGUAGUGUAAUUCCAGCAGGUGAAACAUACAUGCAUGAAGGCUUCAAGCUGGCAAAUGAACAAAUAGUGAAAGCAGGUGGGAAAAGUACUGCAAGUGUAAUUAUUGCACUGACAGAUGGCAAGCUGGCCGAUCAGAUACCUGUUUUGACAGAAAAGGAGGCGAACAUUGCGCGAGGAAGAGGAGCCAGAGUCUACUGUGUGGGUGUUCUUGAUUUUAACUUUGACCAGCUUAAAAGAAUUGCUGCCGCUCCAGAGAAUGUUUUUCGUGUUGAAGGUGGAUUUAAAGAUCUGGGAUUAAUUAUCAAUUCAAUUUUAGAGAAGUCUUGCACAGAAAUACUCUAUGUGGAUCCAUCUUCAGUCUGUGUAGGGGCUGAAUUUCAAGUUGUCUUGAGAGGAAAUGGAUUCUUAUUAGGACAUGAUCCUAAUCUCGUUACUUGUACUUAUGAAGUGAACAAGACAACAAUACAUCAGAAACCAAUCACGGUUGAGGCUCAGUAUAUGCUUUGUCCAGUUACAGUGCUUCAUGAAGUUGGACAAACUAUGGAAGUUUGGGUGAGCAUAAACAAUGGAAAAACUCCACUCACUAACCCACAAACAAUCACUGCUUCCAGCUGUACUAAUGGCAUUGCUGCAGGCAUUGCAAUUUUAGUGAUAUUACUCCUGAUUGCCAUUGCAUUAUUAUGGUGGUUCUGGCCUCUUUGUUGCAAAGUGGUUAUCAAAGAUCCUCCUCCUCCUCCUCCACCUAAACCAGUUCCAGUUGAGGAGCCCGAAGAAGUAUUACCAUCAAAGAAAUGGCCAACUGUAGAUGCUAGCUAUUAUGGGGGGCGAGGAGUUGGUGGCAUUAAAAGAAUGGAGGUACGAUGGGGAGAUAAAGGUUCCACAGAUGAAGGAGCAAGGCUGGAAAAAGCAAAAAAUGCUGUAGUGACAAUGCCAGAGGAGGAGGAGGAACAGCUGCCUUUACCAGCACCUAAAAAACCAAAGCCUACCUCACAAGUACACCAAACAAAAUGGUACACACCUAUCAAGGGACGACUUGAUGCACUUUGGGCAUUAUUAAGAAGGCAGUAUGACCGAGUGUCUUUGAUGAGGCCUCAGCAAGGAGAUGAGGGUCGCUGUAUAAAUUUCUCAAGAGUCCCAUCUAAUUAAAGCAGAAAAUACCGCCUUGCUUUGUUUGUUGACAAUCAACAUGAACAUGCCUCUGAAUAUCACUGAAGAUUUCUUGCCUUCCUCUGGAACACCUUGCAUUCUGCUAAAUAUAAAAUAUGGUUCUGCACAUCUAGCCUUUGUUAUAUUUAACUUUUUUGCUGACUCACAGUUUGUAAGCAUUAAAUUGCAGUUUGAUAUAAAUCAAAAGAUGCAAAAUACUCAUAAGUGACAGGAGAUAAACCAGCCAGAAGUCAACCAAACAGUAAUGGCCAAUAGACAUUUUUUUGCCAUAACAUAUCUUUCUAUGGAGAAAAUAGGCUGCUGGCAUGCAGAACCACUCUUUCGAUUAAAAUAGGCACUUCAGGCCAAAAGCAGAGUAGAUAGUUUCCACCAGGCCAAGCAAAUACAAAAGUUCACUGGCUUAAGGCAAUCUCACAUAACAAACCCUUUCCAAAAUCUCUCAUCACCCUGUGCCUCACGGGUAAACUUCUGGCUAAAAUUUUGCUAUUGAAAAACUGCAAAGUGCACACGCUUGACAAAAUUUAGGCUGACCGUCUGAAGGUAUUAGUAGGCUGUAAGAUUUUGCCUUUUCCAUUUUAGAAGACUCCUUUUAUUUGUUAUGCACUUUGGACUGAUAGGAAAUUAUCAGGACAUUAUUUUGCAUGCAAGCUUUAUCUAGAAAUCUUGAGUUAAGUUUGCGGCAUUGCAACGUCAAGACCUUGACACAAUGUCUGUAGGUUCAUUUCCCCUUGCCUACAAAGUCUACAUGUGCAUAAAGUA